CGAAGAGAGAGAAGAAGAAGAAGAAGAAGAGGGGGAGAGAGAGAGAGAGAGAGAGAGAGAGAAGAGCUUCGCAUUGCCCGCCGAUCUGAGCUGAGUCGAGUCGAGUCGAGUCGAGACUCGGUGCGAACGGUGAGGAAGAUUCGGUAAUGGCGUCGAAGCUGUGCGACUCGUGCAAGUCCGCGACGGCCGCGCUGUUCUGCCGCGCCGAUUCGGCCUUCCUCUGCCCGAGCUGCGACGCCAAGGUGCACGCGGCCAACAAGCUCGCGUCCCGCCACGCCCGCGUCGUCGUCUGCGAGGUCUGCGAGCAGUCGCCGGCGUACGUCACCUGCAGGGCGGACGCGGCCUCCCUCUGCAUCUCCUGCGACCGUGACAUCCACUCCGCCAACCCCGUCGCCCAGAAGCACGACCGCGUCCCCGUGGUCCCCUUCUACGACUCCCUUCCCCCCAACCAUCAUCACCACCCCGCCGUCGCCCCUCCCUUCGCGAAGCCCCCGGCCGCCGGCGACUUCGUCCUCAAGUCGGAGGACGACGUCAGUAGGGAGGAGGAGGAGGAGGCCGCCUCCUGGCUGCUGCCCAACCCCUCGAAGGCCGCCGAGAGCCCCGACGUGAACUCGGCCCACCAGUUCCUGUUCGGCGACGACGACGUGGAUCCGUACCUGGACGUCGACUACGGCCCGGUUGACCCCAAGUUCGAGCCGAGCGGGGACCAGAACAGCUCCGGCACGGCGGACGGCGUCGUCCCGGUCCGCAGCGAGGGCGUCGUUCACGGGCCCUUCGUGGGGGAGGGCGGGUUCGACCUGGAGUUGACCGGUGGAUCCAAGGGUUACGGGUACAGCUAUGGCGCUCCCUGCCUGAGCCACAGCGUAUCGUCGUCCUCUCUCGACGUCGGAGUCGUGCCGGACGGGAGCACGGUCACCGACAUAUCAAACCCGGGCGGGAGAGCGGUCGGGGUGGGUUUCGAGUCCCUGAGCCGGGCGCUGCAGCUGUCGUCGGUGGACAGGGAAGCGAGGGUCCUGAGGUACAGGGAGAAGAGGAAGAACCGCAAGUUCGAGAAGACCAUCAGGUACGCCUCGCGGAAGGCCUACGCCGAAACCCGGCCCCGGAUCAAGGGCAGGUUCGCGAAGCGCGCCGACAUCGAGGCGGAGGCCGAGCGCAUGUUCGGGUUCGGGGUCGUGCCCUCCUUCUGAUGUCAUCUGAAGCGUUGGAAGGUCUCUCUCUCUCUCUCUCUCUCUCAAGAGAGAAAUUUUGGGCUCUUUUCCUUGCUGGUUUUGUGCUGCUGCUUUUCUCUUGCAGCGAUAUCAGUCUGUUUUGUAUAUACAGUAGGAGACUGUUGUGUGCUCCCUGGAUCUCUGACCGUUGCCUGAUCUUGAAUGUUUUAUGGUGAAUUUUCAUGGAAUUUGAUGAUGCAAAUUGAAGGGAAAUUUGCUGAAGCCCGGACUUUGUAAUUUAGGAAUAAAGUGAUGAUUAGGGAAUAUGAUAAUGUCUAGGCAGAUCAAAAAUCCGAAUGAUCAUUGGUUUUUACGUGAUGAAAUCAAUCAUUGUGACUGUCUUAACAGUG